GCCUCGUUUUAGAACAGAAAUUGGUGCCAUGAAGAACUGAAGUCAGCAAGAUGUUUGCUAAUUGUAUCAGGUAACAGAGACAUCAAAGAAAAUAGUCAUGGUCUUGGAGCAUUGUCCUGGAGGGAAGCUGUUUGAUUAUAUUGUUUCUAAGGACCACCUUUCAGAAGAGGAAGCUCGAGUCUUUUUUCGACAGACUGUUUCAGCACUUGCUUAUGUUCCCAGUCAGGGUCAUGCCCACAGAGACCUCAAACCAGAAAAUCCGCUGAUUGAUGAGAAACAUGUUUCUCAUAAUUUGAAGCUGACAGACUUUGGACUCUGGCAAAGCCAAAGGGAGGCCUUGAUGACCGCCUGAACACGUGCUGUUGGAAGCCCAGCGUGUGCAGCACCAGAGCUAAUCCAGGGCAAAGCCUAUAUUGGCUCAGAGGGUUUCCAGAGCAUCUCUGUGCAAUGGCUAUGGUGUCUCUGUUGGACUUUGAAGCUUAUGCAGAAAAAUAUUUACCUAAGAUUGCUUGGGAUUUCUUUGCGUCAGGAGCACAUGAGAAUAGCACCCAAGAUGAAAACAUCCUGGCAUAUAAGAGCAUACAUUUUCGG